CGGCAGCGCACGUAGCGCAACGUCUCGGUCCUCCUUCAUCCUGUGAGUGAUCUUGCCGGAGUUUGUAAUAAUCGGUGUGUCGUAUAACAAUAAUAACGGGCUUGCGCGAUCAUUGUCGCACGUCACAUCCGAAACUCAUCAGUUGUAUGUCGCCUAGUUUUCCGCGAUAAAUCGGAUACGCGCCACCUGCUGUUCAGUUUCGUUUAGCCACCCUCGCAUCCACCACCCAUCCCUGGCUGUCGUCGUCGUCGUCGUCGUCAUCGUCGUCGUCGUUGUCGUCGCUGCCACUCCCCCGCCUCCAACCCCUCUAUAAUAACCCCUUUGGACCGGGUGUCCGAGAACUCGCAACACGACGGAUAUUUCGAAAAGAGAUGGGUCGUUCUUGUUGAUAAGAUCGAUCGUUUCUCGCGUCUCGAUCAAUUCUGAGGACGACUUUGAAUUUUGGCGCGAGUGUAGUACAGAGAUAAGUUGGCUUCAAGAGAUCGAACCAAAAGUGCGAUAAUCGCACUUUAAAUUAUCCUGCAGCGCGAAUCGCGGACAUUUCUUUCCGCAGCCUGUCAUCGUGAUCCCUAUACACUUUGAUUGUCGUUUCCGAUAUCCCGGAAGACGCAAUCGGGAUUUUGCGAUUCGUUGCAUCCGUUGUCAUCAUCAUCGACAACUUAAAGAAGUCAUUGAAGGAAUCGAACAUAUUUCGCGGUGGUGGCGUUCGAGCCGGGAUUAAAACUGUCAAAGUUCCUCUUGAGUGAAAUAACCGGAUUAUCGAACUUAUUUUUCCGAGACUUAAAGACCGAAGACUCGUCGACGUGACGUUAAUAUUCGAACAAAGUUGGAGCAAGUUCGCGGGAAGACAAGUUCGCGGUGGUGAGAGAAGUUGGCGGUCGAUGAGGUCGUCCGGCAAAUAACUCGCGUGAAGAUUGCCGCAUAUGGGCGGACUCGAUUCUUCCAGAAGCGUAACUAAACGCGAAGGUUUGCGUUUGCACGAGGACGAUCAUAAGACGUCGACGGGAUUCUAACAGCGGUAAAGCUUCGAUAGGACUCGAGGUAUGUUACUGUCGACCACGAGGCAUCCAUUGACGAUCGUAAGAGGAGAAGAAACGCGGGAGGGAGACGAAACGACGAUCGUCUGUUGACCGGGUGACGAAGUUUGUGCGCGUCUUCGGGAUUUGAGAAUCCUCGUGUGUGUCGUGCAAAAGAAAGAGUGUCGCGAGUCACGGUGUCGUACGAUAUGUGAAACGAGUGUUAGGCGAACGAGUGAUAUAAAAGAUUCUUCCUCUCGGAGAUCGCGAACGGUGCUUGCCGUCAUCCCUUUCACGUUACUUAAUCCGCCUGAGAUUUGACGCGCGCGCGCGUGUGUCAGUGUAUGUGUGUGUAUGUGUCAUAAACGGACCUCCAUCAUGAAAGUCUCCGAGGUGAUAGCGGAGAGGGUCUUUGGGAUGUGGCUCUUCGUGCUCAUCGCUGCCUGUUUGACGCCGUUUGUAAAAGGCGACGGCGGACAAUAUUUCCGGAUUAGGCCGAGCAACAGUUCCGUGUUGGAAGGCGGCGAGGUGAUAAUUCCUUGCGAGGUGGGGAACCGAGUCGGUAUCGUCCAAUGGGUCAAAGACGGAUUUGCCUAUGUCAUACAGCAGAACGGCGAAGUCGUGGGCCAUCCUAGGCUGAAGCUGAUCGGUGAUCAGGCCGCCGGUAUUUACAACUUGAAGAUCACCGAUGCAUCCCUGACCGAUGAUGGCGAGUACGAGUGUCAGGUCGGACGAUACCUGAGGAUCAAACAGAUUCGCGCCAGCGCUCAUUUGAUUGUCACCUCUCCACCGCGAAAGGUAGAAAUCAGCACUUAUCCAAACAAGCAGAUAAUCGAGGUGAAGGUGGGGGAAUCCCGGCGAUUAGAGUGCAUCGUGAGGUCAGCGAAGCCGGCCGCCUCGAUCAUCUGGUAUCGCGGAAACGUGCAGAUCAAGGGCGGCGACACCAGUAUCACCGCCAUCUCCAUCCAGGGUGACAAGGAUACGACCAAGCCCGGAGAGACGUCCAGGGAAUUGCUCAAGUACGACACUCACGGUUCCAUUACCAUCAUGCCUACGGCGGACGAUAAUGGGAUGGAUUACACCUGCGAGGCCAACCAUCCAGCUAUACCCAUAGACAAGCCCAUGCGAGCGACCAUUACACUCUCCGUUUUCUAUCCACCCGGUCCACCAUACAUAGAAGGCUACACCGAGGGUGAAACCGUGCAACGCGGCCAAAACGUGGAGCUCGCGUGUCGUUCGCGCGGUGGGAAUCCGCAGGCUGAGAUUGUUUGGUACAGAAACGAUGAGAAGAUGUCGGCAGCUCAUCGCAGAGGAGGCGGCGUAAGUGAGAACGUAUUAUCGUUCGUGGCCCGAGCGGAAGAUGACAAGGCGCGCUACAGGUGCGAGGUCUCCAACAUCAUGAGCGUGCAGCCUAUGAAGGCGCAGGUCGACCUCACUGUGCUAUUCGCGCCCGCCGGAGUCACCAUCGCCGGACCAACGGAAGCGAAAGCGGGCGACCAAGUGCUCAUUACUUGCACGACAGAGAACUCGAAUCCGCCCGCGGACAUAAAGUGGACGGUGGACGGGCGUAAUUCCGAGAGCAACGCCUCGAAGACGGAACUGGCGCCAAACGGUGGCUGGAUCACCAGCUCGAACGUGACGUUCAGCAUUAAUCACAAGAGCCGCAGCAUCGUCGUCAUCUGCCACGCUUCCAACGUCAAGCUCACGGAGAACGUGGUCGGCACGCAUACCAUCAACGUAAUAUAUCCACCUGCGAAAUUAAGUGUCACCGGAUACGAUGAGAGCACAACGAUAGUCGCCGGGACGGUGCUGAAGCUCAUGUGCACCGCCAUGGCGGGUAAUCCAUUGGCCACGUUAACAUGGUACAAGAACGACCGCAAGGUACCUGGUGCGGUAAGACAACGAAAUCAUGCCGUCUCCAGCGAGUUGGCGAUACUUGUCAACGCGUCCGACAACAACGCUCACGUGCGAUGCGAGGCGACGAAUUCCGCCACCGAAAUUCCCUUGCUGAAAGUUCUCGUGCUAAAAGUCCAUUUCCCGCCCGAGAGGGUGAAGAUUAACCGCGAGCCCCAGGACUUUCACGCCGGUCAGGAGGGACGCAUAAUCUGCGAGUCGAGCAGCAGCAAUCCCGCUGCCGAGAUGUCGUGGUGGAAGAACGGGAUACCGGUACCCGGGACCAGGAACAGCACCAAGCCCGGAUUACACGGCGGCUACCUGUCGUCCGUUGAGCUCGCGCUGGAACUAACCGAGGACAUGAACGGCGAGGUGUACACAUGCGAAGCGAAAAACACGGAAUUAGGGAGGUCCGUCCACGACGCGACGACCCUGGACGUGUUGUACAAGCCAAUAUUCUCGCCGUUAGAUCCUUCUGAACUAACCGGCCUGGAAGGUGAGCCUUUUGUCAUUUCCGUAUCGGCAAGGGGCAAUCCCAACACGACAGAGUACACGUGGACAAGGGACGGUCUGCCAGUGAGUAGUAUCGGUAAGAGAAUAACCGCCCACGGUUCCACGUUAAAUAUCACGAGAUUGGAUCGUCAAGACGCCGGCACGUACAUAUGCGAAGCAUUAAACAAGGAAGGGACUACAUUUUAUCAGCUAAAUCUCACUGUGCAGUAUCCGGCGAAAAUCAAACGCACCUCGUCGUCGGGGAUAGUUUAUCCACCGGGUGUCGAGGCGAAACUGUUUUGCGAAGUCGAUGGCAGCCCGAUCGGCGACGAGUACGUCACGUGGCAAAAAGUAGGCUCGAAUCCCGAACUACCGGGACGUUACUCGACGUCCUUUGUUAAUCGGACGUCGUAUCUUCACAUAGAGUAUCCCAGUCAGGAAGACGUCGGCGAGUUCCGAUGCAAAGUCAACAAUCUCAUUGGCAACGUAACAUCGGAUCCUAUUCUAUUUAUUACGAAUUUUAAACCGGAAAUGACAAACACCCCGCUGACGCGAAAGGCAGCAGCGAACAAAGGAAUAAACGUCCAAUUGUUCUGCAAAGCGCGAGGAUCUCCAUUGCCGCGUUUCACUUGGAUCUUCAAUGGGAAAACUUUAUUGCCGAACGCAACUGAGAAUAAAUACAGUAUCACUCACAGCGAUCUGUCCGAGCUUUAUUCGGAGACAACAUUGACCAUCUACCACGUGAGAUCGCAGGACUAUGGAAAAUACGAGUGUCGUGCUCAGAAUAAAAUGGGACAGUCCGUGGACGAAAUACACUUAGAUGUCACGUCACCGCCGGACAAGCCGAGCGACUUAGAGGUCUAUAACGUCACGCACGAUUCAGUAACAUUGAUUUGGAGGCGCGGUUUUGAUGGCGGGUUGCCGACGUCUCAUCAGAUAAGAUGGCGACAGGCGUUGGAUUAUGAGGAUCGUUAUCACUACCUGGACGUUUCGCCUGGUGAAUAUAAAGUCACUAUAACCGGCCUGUCGCUCGGAACUUCUUAUGUGUUUAGCGUGAAGGCUGUCAACGAGAAGGGAGACAGCGGCUUCUUGCCGGAUCUCCUUAAAGUCCAGACACUUCGACCAAAUAAAGAGGAAAACCUGCCGGACGUCCUUUUGGAAAAGGGCGACUUUCCAAUGAAUUAUAUCUAUACAUUAGCAGCGACUUCCGUCAUCAUUUUUAUCGUUAAUGUCUUCAUCAUGUUGUGGUACAUAGUACGAAAGCGAAAUAAAGCUCGUAUUAAUAAGUCGCAGACCGCAGAUAUGUACGCACCGUCCACCGUCAAUGGCGACACCAUGACCGGCGAAUUAAGUUCAAUGUCGGAUGAGAAAAGCGACGUCAACUUCGACGCUAAUGAUUACGUGGACGAAGGACGGAAGACCGCAGCUAGCACGUAUUUAAUAGAUCAAACUAUCCAGGAUUUCGGGAAAGGCGGUUUAGAGAUGCAGGUUCAUCAGGGCACCCUCGGUCGUCGCAGCAAUCACAUGCAAACAUCCAUGAAUAUGGACUCGCCGCCCCAGCGAACUACCGCUAGCGGGACUCUCUCAGUGUCAAAGUCGAGUUACAUCGGUAAUCCGAGCCCGGCGCCGCCCAAUGAUGUGAGCUUCUACAGCGUGGAGAUGGACAACGGCGGUCGGGGCUACAUAAGCUACGACAGCAAUCCGAGUCCGGCGCCUCCCGUCAUCGGCGAUCCAUCUGGCGGGCCUUACUACCCCACGUCGAUGGGCUCGACUGGUCAUAUAAUGGGCGGGCACUUGGUGGGUGCUGGUACUGGCACCCUGACGCGCACCAGGACGCUGCCGCGUCCUGUACCUCCGCCCGACGUUACCGUGAUGACCGCGGGCACCAAGUCGCCGAUACCGCCGUCAGUACCGCCGCCACCGGCCACGUUCGCCCGGGUCGGCGCCAACGGUGGGUCCCAUUCGCACCCGCAUUCGCACCCGGCCCCCCCGCCACCGCCCUGCCAGAGCCACCCGCUGUCAACGUUCGCGGCAACACCGAGUUAUUCCGACAUCGAUGGCCAUCUUGUCUGAGGCUCACCAAUCUUCGGGCCCAGCUCGGUGCGCGGCAAAUACCGCGCCGUCGCCCAGGACGACGACGAGGAUUGUCGACCGGUCGCGGUCACGGAGAGGAGCACGCGUCUUUGAACGACGCGGAGUGUCGUGAUGACGGAUCCUCUUCUAAAUCAUUCGCAUCGUUGAAAUCGUCACCGAUCAUCUCCCUGAGCGACGACGAGCAGGUUCGCGAACGACGGCAUCACGGCUUGAAGAUCCUACAGCACUCAUCAUCAUGCAUCUAAACAAUCUCCGAGGACUCUGUUUGGUGCACGAGAACGAAAGUGUGUAAAUAGAAAAAGACAGAAAGGGAGAGAAUGAAAAGGAUACUGAGAGACGAGAACGGUGCACCAGAUAAACAUGCUGUAAACACGCCUUUCCCUUCCAUGCGGCUACUUUCUAGAUGAGAGGAGACAUGCGCGGGGCUCUCCUAUGCGAUUGAAUUCUAAUCUUAGGAAUAUAUGUAUAAUCGAAUGAGCGAUGGCGAUCCUAGAGAAAGAGAGAACGAUCACGCUAGCACGCGUGAGCGUACUCCAAAAAAACCUCGAAGGAUGAUUUUACUGUUCCAUUUCCGCUAUUCUGCCUCUUCCCCCAACUUUACCAUUUCUCCCAGACAGCAGACAUGUCCAAAAGACAUCUAAAAGACGACUUAAAGACGUCUUAAAGUCCUUUAGACAUCUUCAAGACAUCUUUUGGCCUUUUCGUGCUGUCUGGGUACUCUAACUCAUUGUCUUUGUCUGCUCGCCUUAGCGUUAGUUGAUAUCCGCUAACACAGCGAUCAUAGCGUAAUCAAUGCUUACGAUCGAAGCUCCAAAUCGAUAUACCGAUUUUAUCGAGGAAAGUAUAUUUUCUGUAAAUACACACGUAAUCAGAAAGAUAGAUGAAAAAAUACUCGCGGCAAUAAUUUCGUUCUUUGGUUACUUCAUGUCAGUAUAUAUUUAUCGUAACAAUUAUGUUUAGAUAUCACUAUGCAGGUAUCAACGACAGUCGAGAAAUUCGCGAGACAUCUUUGAAAUGUCACCCGAAAAGUGAUUUUCUUCACUCCGAACGUGUGAUUGACGCUGAAAUAAUUCUAAAUCUGAAAUCACAGAUCUUCACGAUCAACACUGAUAUUAUUAUUGUCAGUAUAAAUAUCAAACGGAUUUACAUCCGUUUUCCUUGGUACUAGAAUAGCUAACCCCAUUCCAUAGCUUAAAGUUGGAAGGACGAAAAUUUCGAAAUAUUUGAUUGAUCUCAUAUUAUAAGGAAAAGUAUAGAUUAAAUUUGUUAUUAAAUUAUCAAUAGAAAAAUCGUGUUAAUAUAGCAUUAAGCAUUAUAGGAAAAUAUUAUAAAAUAAUGCUGAGUAGCAUUUAUACUGUAUUUUACAUGCAAAAUGUUAUUUUUCUCUUUCAAUUUUUAACUUGCAAGUCCUAUUUUUAGAAUUUGCAAUAUCCCUCCUUUACAUUUAUAUAAGUUUAUCCAUCUGUCUUCCAAUUUAUAGGCUGAAUUGGUUAUUCCAGUUCCAAGGUAUUGAUACAAGUUUUUCAUACUUAUGAUUAUCACGCACAAUCACUGAUAUUGAUUUUCGAAAUAGUGAUAGCAAUGUUAAUUAAUGACCGCACAAUAUUGCCCCUUUAGAACUCACAGCUACGCAAGAGUGGGCAUAUCCGUCAUGACCGUCCAUUGUUUACUUUCGCGUCGAUAAGUCGGUUUAUCCCGACGAUUCGAUGUUGAGGGAAACGAGACAAUCGUUAUUACAAAGAGGAACGCUUGGAAAAUCGAAAGAAACGCGGCGAGAUUAAACUUUCUUUCCCCUCCCGUCCUCCAUCCGUGUCGUUUAUGAUCCUAUUUGAGUUAACGGCGUCUCUUCGAACACACAAUCCACGGUACUAGAUAGUCAAAUUUAGCGUUAAAUGUGCGGCGGUUUGAUCUCGAAUCUCGACAUUUCCAUUCCAUUGGUGAAACACCAUCUAAUGCCAGGAUAUAGCCAUUUUUAUCACUAAACGGCAAGAAAAUCCGAGUCCAUCAUUUUGCGUUUUACGAGGGCAUUCAGGAUCUUGCGAUCCCUGCGAGAACAGGUAGAUGAGCCUGAAGUCAAUUGUAACAAAAGAGAAUUAUAUUAUACAUUAUAGUUAAUAUAUCCCUGAAUCACAUUGAAUUAUAGAGAGCGCACGAAAAUUUUGAAAUAUUUUUUUAACUUACGACUCGUUAAGAACGUUCCUUUUUAUAUUCGACUUUUAUAUUCCUCUUGACACUUGGACUCUUUAAAUUGACUUCAGACUAUUCUGUAUAUCGCGUAGAAAAAAAGACUUACACGGAAACCUAAGGCAUGCUGAGAACUUUACUGAUCCGUUAUUUCUAGAAAAUGAACCGCAACCUCUCGAAUACGUUAUUAGCAUAGUGUAAUUUGCAUAUCAUAAUUCGCACUUACGAGUUGUUCAUUUACUUAUGUUGAAGUUACUUGCCUUGCUUAUGUGUAUUAUACAGUUGCGCUGCGAUUCUUGUCUUUUGCGAGUAAUUCUUACAAAAUGAAAAAUCAAUCCGACACGUAUCGUACGUAGAAAACAGAGUUUUCACUGCCGAUCCUAAAGUCAAUACUAUAGAUAGUCCAUUGACCGCGUAUACAUGUUGAUAAAUAUUUUUAUCUUCUUAAACACACACACAUACACAUAAUAUACAUAAACACAUGUAAAAUGUAUAUUAAACGGCCAUUCGCCGUAUCACGCCGAUUUUUACGAUGUUAAUCGCUCAUUAAAAACCUACGUACAUCCCAGACAGCACACAUGUCCAAAAGACAUCUAAAAGACGACUUGAAGACGUCUUAAAUCCUUUAGACAUUUUUUGGCCUUUUUUUGUGCUGUCUGGGAUUUGUGUUUACUGAUGACUCCAACCAACCGAGAUAAUGAGAGGUCCAAGUUUCUCGUCACGAGAACGAGUCGAGUUUGCGUUUUCACCCAGACAGCACAGAAAUAUCCGAAGGACAUCCAUAAGAUGAUCAUUAAGGAUAUUGAGGAUAUCCACAGAUAAUCCGUUUUACGUUCUUCGGACAUUCAGCGAACGUGGUAUAUCUGUUUGAAAUUGAUGGACAUGCUUUAAUCCCUAAAUAAUAAUAUAAUUUAUCUAUUUCAAUAUAUAAAAUUUUAUCUAUUCAAUUAUAAAAUUUUACAUAAAAAUUUUAUUUAU